ACAAUGUCCUUGUGUGUCUGUGUGCUCAGGGGAAAUGGCACCCAUCUGUAAUACUCAUAUGGGCUGGUGAAAGUGAAGGCAUAUCAAAGGACGAAGAGAAACAAAAGAGAAGGAAGAAUCCCAUUAGACUGAGUGUGACAACCAAGGACUCUUGACACUGCACUGGAGCAAGCUUCCAGGACUCCAGCGUGAAGUCCUGGUGUGGUACUAUGUAGGCAGCACAGCAAAGGCCACCCUCCACUCCUUCACCACCACCACCACCUUCCUGCGCACCCACAGCACUAUCACAGUGGCAGCAUAAGCAAAUGGGUGAACUCUCCUCUAAUGAGAAGCCCAUAAAGGUUCUGUUGUCCUUCAAAUGUGCCCCUGUAUGACAAUGAAGAAGAAUAUUCACAGGCUUGGGCUUGUUUUCCUGCCAACACUACACAACCUCUAAGAAAGCAGGACUAGCAGAAAGCUGCACAGAGCAGUACAGUGUUCAGUUUAGGUAGCAGCUUCUUACUUUUUCCUUGAAGUGGCAUUUGCACUGUUCUCUCCUCCCACCCCAAACAAUUCUCAGAAGGGGCUGGUCAAUGAGGCUGUGAAGAGGGGUUUUAUUGUUGUGGCUGUAAAUACAGCUCCCACUGGUAUCAGGAGAGAUUGCUGAAAACAGGAGAAUAGACAAUCCUGUUUCCUUACUUGAAUAAAAAAGCGGUAUAGAGCAGACACACAAAAAAAACUUGUGUAAGGGAACGGUUCACCACUUAGGAAAGGAUUAAUAUGUCGUGGGCACAAGUGACAGCGGAGUCACAGCAACCUAAGAAGCUAUGUGUGAUGGCCUCCUUUUCCUUCUGGACUGUGUGCUGGCCAGGUGGUCUUUUCCUCGUGGAAGAUCUGUUGCAGUCUUUUUGCUACGGUGAUAAUGAAUGCCUCCUCUCCCCUAAUCUAAAGUGCUCUGAAGUGUAUUUUGAGAAAGGUAUUUGGGGUUUUUUUGUAUUUUUUCUGUUCUUUGUCACUUACAGUUGGCACCAAGUUAUGUACCAGCUCACAGUCUGUCUCUUACAGUGCUGUCAUAGUUCAGUGAUUCAAGGCAAUGACUUCUGAAAAGGUCUUUCCUGCUCACUAGUGUUGUGUGUAUUCAACCAGUGCCUGCUGUUCAAAGAGAAAAUCUUGAAUGUCAGCAGCUUGUUAUCGUUAUAUCUCGGGCUGAUUGUCCACCUCUAUCUGUGUGUAUUUCCUGCUUGAGUAGAUGGUGUAUCUCAACAGAAAGAGGAUAACAUCUUGAAGCAGCUUUAGUUUUUUUUUCCUAUUUCCUCAGGAAUAGCUAGAUGUUUGUGCUAUAGAGCUUUUUUAAAACGUGUUUUUUAAUUAGAAAGGGUCAAAAGUUUUAGUGUUUACUCCUCGAGAUAAUAUUCUGCUCCUGUAGAAUAUUAUUCUUGCCCUAUAUUUUUAAACUACAGCUUUCAAAACUACAGACUGCAAACUUUGUUCAAGUUACAGUCCAGAUAUAUGACAGUGGAAGAAUGGAUGCUCUGUAACUGGGAGACUGUAUAGGUAUCUGGAUAUGGCAAUAAUGGCCAUGUGCAAAAUUACACCUAACAAGCACCUGUCUGCCUGCUGAUACAUGCCAAACCUUUAUACAAACUGAUGACCACUGAAAAAAAUCUGACAGUGAUAAUGUAUUCCACUCCUCUCGCUCCUCCUCCCUUCUAAAAUUACUGCUUUUAAAAAUAACCAUAGGGACAAUGUUUUAUUUAUUGAUCAGGUUAGAGCACUGAGUGUCAGAUAUCUGUGUGCUCCACACUUUCUGUGUACAGACAAGGUUGAAGAUGAUAAUUGAUUUUUGCAGAGGAUCCAAGCAUCUCUCUACAUUUGGGUUUUCUGAGGUGAAGGCUGAAAAAUUUCAAGAAAACUAAAAUAAUUGUUUAGUUAAAAUUAAUUAUUACUUAAUCAAAACUCUCCAAAAAAACCCCAAGCUAGUGAUUUUUUUAAAUAGCCUUUUUUAUUUUUCCAGCUUUCUCAAGCCUUCGAUCUGCCUCUUUAAUUUUCUCUUACAUUAAAUGGUUUUAGAAUAUUUUUUCAGAUUGAUGUUUGCAAAGAAGACAAUCUACUACCGUAUUUUGUAUCACUAUCUCAGAAGAGGAAAUCCUCACAUAUGUAACUUUUUAAUGGAGGUACGCAUUACAUCUGUAAUUUGGGCUAGUUCUUGAUAUCAGACAUGCAUUUAUUUUUUUUUAAUUUGGAGUACCUACUAAAAAUAAGAUUGAUCCAAACAUCCUUAAUAGUCUUUAAAAAAAACUAAAUAAUGCAGAAGUGUUGCCAGAACUCUUUGUUAGCAAAGUCUGUCCCAUGCUAUGACCUACCACGUGUCUGGACCUUUACAAUCUGUCCUUUUUCUACUCAGCUUCCACGGCUGAAUGCAUGAGCCUAUUUUGCUGCAUGUUAACUUGAUUGAGCCGUGGCUGAGGACCAUUCCUUGUUGUAACUUCCCCUUUCAACAUCCUCAUAAUAAAAGGGUUACAAUACGAUACUGCUAUUUUUAGAAAGAUGGAAAAGCCCUAUGAAGCAGCAGCAUGUGGUCUCUUUGUGGAAGACCCAUCCUCUGUUAGCUGUCUGCCUGGAGGAAUGCAGGCAGACUUCCUGGUGGAGGGAGUCCUGCUCUGCCAGUGCCCCAUUGUGUUUCCAUACUCAUCAGGUUGACUGUGGAGACUCCUGUUACCUGUGUCAGCGUGUCCUUCACACUGUGUCAGGUGAGGGUGAUUAGAGCCUUUCCCAGCAGUGUCCUACUGUGAUAGGCCAUGAGUUCGCUCUUGGGCUAAGCUAUAAAAUCAAUACUGCAUUGAAUGUUGGGGGUUUUCCAUCCUCUGAGGCCAAGUGCAGUUUGUACCUUUAGGUAAUUUGAUUAUCUGGGAGAUUACUCUCCUGAGUCUGAUAGCUGAUGCUGUUGGCCAAGUUCCACGGCAGUACCUUUUUACGUUAAAUGGUUUCUAUGUAAAUUCACUGAGAAACCUCCCUCAGUCCUCAGAUGAUUUGCCUGUGACAGACACACAUGUGAACAGCAGCGAAGCUGACCAUCUGAUAUGUUUACACUGAUGGUGACGUAAUAAUUGAUUGAAUGUAACAGUUAAUCACCAAACUGAUGUGGUGCAUUUUGGAGUGCUGGCUGGAUGAGAGCAGGAGUGAACUGAAGCAUGGCAGCACACAGCAGGUGCCCUUUUUCUGUGAUGCCUCAGCUCUGCCAGAGCCUUCCUGCCUGUGGGCCAUCUUGAUAGCAGACUCUGGAGAACUGGUUCCAUGGCCUCUCCAAAUCCUUCCUGGGUCUCAGCCCUACACUGUACUGGGCUCCCUUACCACUGCUGAUCCCCUCAUUUGAAGAAACUACCUGUGUGGGUGAUUUUGUGAUCCCUGUGACUUUACUCGAGUAAUUUCCUCAACCUUCAUUAAAUUGUUUUGGCUGAGAAAGGGUUGGUUUCGACUUCACCAGAAAUAAGCUCUGCUUUCUGAAUGCCUUCUGAGGCUGUUGAAGUAGUUUCUUUUUCAAACAAAACCCUUUGUCAUGCACUCAAGUGACCCAUUUAAGUGAUUUGCAUUUUGAUGUUUACUUCCACACAACAGCAGCAGAGGUAUAAAACCAUAGUGUUUGUCCAGUGCUAGGACUGCUUGUGUUCACUGAAGGUCUUUGAGUUCUGGGAAGUAAUAAAACCAUUCACAACUGAGGAUAUCACGGAUGGUGUCAGUAGUGAGAUGCUGCUGGAGGAGUCACCCCUGCCUCCCAGUGCUGAACUGGGAGAUGAGGCAGGAGGACCUGGCAGGUGCAGUGGGACGUGAACAGUCUCUCAGAGCGGGUCAUGGGUUCCGAGGCAGCUUCGCUGUUCUGCUUGAGCCACUGCAGGCCUGUCUGGGAAAAGCACUUGCACAACUGCAUCAGCUGUGUGAGAGACAGUGUGGAAAAUACACAGUGAUUUCCCCUGCAGGCCUGGGGUUGAAGAGGAGGCUGUAGCAGUGAGGCCUGUCCCCUGCGGAGAGCUCAAGGAAGUAUGUAGCGUUAUGGGGAAAAGGAAGCCAAACCUGUUACGGAGCAGACAGAUGUGUUUUACCUCCAGCCACCUUUGUGAGCUGACAGGAGUAUCAUCAUCCAGGCUUUUACUUAGUAGUGUCUUUCAACAAAGUGAAGCCACAGAGCAUGGAGUUGUACCAUUCCUGAGGGCCAGCUGCUUUGGUGGUGCAAACCAAGGGAACUCUGUUUACAACAGAGCUGGUUCAUCUGAAGAGAUAGCCCUCCAACAGUACAGAUUGAUUGCUCUGCGCAAGUGACAUAAGGCUCGAAGUUGAAUUUGGACAUCCCUCCCUGAUAUCCCGCAGAAGUCUUCUUCAAACACUGCAGAUAAAUUUGGGUAUCAAAUGAGUCUGUAUUUCUUUAUUUUGUACUUAUUGCUAAAUGCGGGGCAAAAAAAACGACCUAUUUUGGGGGGUUAGGGGGCUGUGAGAAAGAGAAGAAAAGAAUUAACUUGUGGUCUGGAAAUGUAUAAUGCCUUUUUUGUUCAGGUUUGUAAUUUGGGAAGGCUUUGGAAGAACAAUGUAGGUUCCUAAACCCAAAUGACUCUGAUAAAUCCAAGUUAUAGAGUAGACACUUUUGGCACCUGAAGGCAGUUCUCUGGGCUUAGGCACCCCAUGAAUCCCAUAAAGCAUCUGCAGAGGUUCCUCACACCUUCCCCUUGGUCCUCACUUAAGAAUGGGGCCCCCCAGGUAUGGGGCCCCAUCAGGGAUGGAGCUUUCUUGAGCAGGAUGUCUUGUCCAGCCUGGCCCUACAUGGUGCUUCAAAGCCUAAUGACUUCUUUGCACUUCCCAUUUUGAGGACCUGCAUCCACAGAGCCAUCAAAUACAGCGCGCUUGCCCUUCAACAUCCUCAUUCCACAAACUUAUAUUCUUAAGGUUAAAUAUUAGCCAACGAGGGCUCACAUAUAUAGGAUUUGGCAUUAUUACUUGAGUAAAUAUAUAAAUACUGAAGGGAGUUUCUGAGGAAGGGGGUGUAAACUGUGCAGCUCCUCCUGGCCCCCUCAGAUGUGUCAGAGGAGCAGGGGCUCACUUCCCCCUCUCCCGCUGCCAGCACACAGCCCAUCACAUGAUGGGGAUGGGCAGGGAAUCUCAGGCUCACAGUUGUCAUGAGAUUUACCCAAUCCUGCCCUAUUGUUUGCCAUGUAUCAAAGGCACCCGAUACAUAUCACGUCUUGAAAACAUGCCCAGCAAAGAGUGCCAGCUGCUGUGGUAGGGCUGGUCUCAGCAGAAGGCAGCCCCAUAAAUGACUUUUGAUUCGAGUAUCAAUAUUUGGCAAGCAAAUAUUUAAAACCAUGCCGUUAAGAAGGGAAGCACAGCUUUACCAUGGGAAACUCAGGCCAGGAGUGCUGCUGAGAAGGGCCCAGGCUGUGCAGAGGAAGAGGCAAACAGCCUUCUUCCCCUCCUCUCCCUCCCAGCAGAGCAGCUGGCCCUGCCCUCUGUGCCCACGCCAGAGAAGGGGGAGACACUUAGACCCCAACAAAGCAGAUAUCUGGCUGCUGUACCAAGCAAGGCAGAAGUUUUAAGGCCGUGGAGGGCUGGAUGAAGCUGUUUCAACCCCGAAGGCAAACCAGCCACGGUCAUCCCUCCCACUUGACUUGCCCACUACACCAGACAAGCAGAGUUGUGUGAUGGGGAGGCCACCUGGCCAGUCUGGCUGCCCGGUGCGACCAGAGCAUGGCUGGCCCCAGAGGACUGUCCCCAGCUGCUGAUAUGUUGCAGUAACUCACAUAUUGGUGAGUUUUCAGGAAAUUAGUUGGUCUUGGUCAGGUGCAGCAGCAGGCUGAGAAGGUAUUUUUCCUUCAGGAGUGGCACAGAAUUAGCUCUGUUGGUCUGUUUAUAAUUAGAUACUUGCAUCUAACAGUAUUCUUUCUGUUGGAUUUUUAUAGUUUUGUCUCUUCUUUUUUAAACAUGAAAAAUAAUCAGUCUCAAAAUAAUAUAAUUUUUUUUUUAAAUUACCCUGGAAAGAGUGUUCUAUAAAAAGAGAAAAUCCUUGCCAAGUGGAUGCCACAGCAACAAGCUCAAGCCACAGAAAGCCUGGUUUCAGGCUUCCCUUUUCCACAGCUACUCAGAGGUUAACCAGGGUCUGUAAGCAAACAGCUUAAAGAAGGAGCCCAGCUUAGUGCCUGGGUGUCUUGGGCUGUCCCCGGGGCCAUCAGCCUAAUGCCCUUCCAGCAGCCCCUCCCUCCCAAAGGCGAUGCUGAGCAAACAGAGCCAGCCCUCACCCUCUCCCCGAGCAGCAAGGAGCCAGCUGUGGGGACAGUCUGGACCCGGGCUGGGGCUCAGGGAGGUGGCAGAAGAGGGUGUUUCACUUCAGACGGGCACAGAGCCAUGUCUAUAUAAACCCUGGAGCAGCAGCAACUCAGAGGACUGUUAAGCGCACCCAGACCUCAGCUCAUUUGGCAACGCGGCAAAGUGCUGCUGGCCGUCCGGGCGGCUGAACCUCCGGCGGUGUAGAGGAGCACAGGAGUGACCUGCCCAUGGGCUCUCGCCUGCUGCUGAUGCUGAUGCUGCUUCAGGCAGUUUGGAAAGAUGCUCUAGGAAAAUCCCAUUCACUGCACACCCGAGGAAUCAUCGAAUUGGCAGGAGCUAUAUCGUGUGGCACAGGACGGUCUCCCUUGGCAUAUAUUGGCUACGGGUGCUACUGUGGACUGGGAGGACGAGGCUGGCCUAAAGAUAAAACAGACUGGUGCUGCCACAGGCACGACUGCUGCUACGACAAGGCAGAGAAGGAAGGCUGCAACCCCAAGGUUCAGCGGUACCAGUGGGAGUGUGAGCAGAACGCUGUGCGGUGUGAUAACCUGACAGAUCGAUGUGAAAAAAUGGCAUGCCUGUGUGAUCAAGAAGCAGCCAGGUGUUGGGGAGCAGCCCCAUACAACCCACACUUCAUCCUCUGGCCAGACUUUUUAUGUGGACAGACUCAUCCCACCUGCCAUUUCAGAUAUGGGGGAGCAGAAUAGUCUUUUUUAAACCUUUCUUCUAACCAUUUGAAUCUAAAGGUGCUGGAAUAAAAUUUUACUUAUUUUACCAGAGCUAACACUAGUGUGAGAGAAUUUCUAUCAGGCCAGGGUUUAUGGAGAGGAGAUAGGUUGUAAAACAUAUGCUGAAAUAAGGUUAAGAUCCUGCUCUGAUCACUGCCUUUGUAGAAACAGAACGUUUGGUCUGCAAGUGCAGUAAGAACACAUUACCCAACACCAAAUGACUUCUUUGCCUUUUCACAUUGCCUGACCUUCAGCUUCCACACAUUUGCACAUGAUCUGUAAAAUAUGUAGGGACUUCUGCUGGACUAGUUUGUAAAAAAAUAAAAUAUCCAUCUCUCUGGAAAGAUACACUGGCCUUCAAAGGCCCAGAGCAUGCCAGUCUGGAAGCAAAGUGACCCACUUUAUUUUUCUGGACCUGCAGGAAGAAUGAGGGAGGAUGGAUGCCUCCUUAUUCCUUAUUUGUGCUUGGAGGAGUUCUGCCUUCUACCAAAAGAAAAAGCAGAGUCUGGCCCAGGGGAGGGCUCCAUCCUUUCUUGUGGGCUGUUGGUGUGUUUUUCUUAGCUUAUGUAGCCAGCUGUCUUGUCCUUUAUGUUCCUGCCUCACAGCACUGGGGACACUUCUGAGGCACAUUCAAAAGUAAGCAGAGUUACAGUGGGCUAUUGCCAUUGCAAGGCCAGCAAGGGUUUCUGACUUUCGCUAGUUGGCACACUCAUACUUUGAGAAAGAAUAUAUUGUUUACCUGACACACACAGUUCAGAGCUGACAAGCUACUCUCCUAACCAAGUA